AUGGUGGGAGAGAAACACAACCAGGAACCCCUCGACCUCAGCUGGGACGAGUCGCUCCAAAGGGGCUGCAGCAAGUCUGUCCGGGCUGGGGACGUCAGUUCUGGCCGCGCUGCGCCCCGGGACGCAUCUGGGUCGGCGCCGUCUGGGUCGCGCCGUGCAAACCUUACGUGGUUGCGGGGUUCGGAGCGAAAGUCGCCCCUUUGGGAAGUGUGCAAGAUGGACCAGGUGACAUAUGAGGACGUGGCCGUCACCUUCACCCUGGACGAGUGGGCGCUGCUGGACCCCGCCCAGAAGCAGCUGCACCGGGAGGUGAUGCGAGAGACCUCAGGCCAUCUGGCCGCAGUGGGGGACAAACCGGAAGAUCGUGACACCGAGGAGCAACUCCAGUACCCUGGGAGGAAGCUGAGCAGCCAUCAACCUGAACCCAGGGUUUGUGACGUCGCCCAGAGCCCUGAGAGCUUGCUCCUGGAUUCGAAUCUCAGUCCCUGGAUGGAACCUGCCCAGGCCAAACCUUACUCAUGCAGCGUGUGUGGGAAAAUCUUUACCCGCCACUUAUCCCUUAACCGCCACCUCCGCUGUCACCGGGGCCUGGAGCCCAGCGACUUCGAUAAAUAUGAGGAGAAGCCAUAUCUCUGCCGGGUUUGCGGGGAAGCCUUCAGUUUCCUCAAAUUCCUGGAGCAGCACGAACGGAUCCACGGCAGCCAGAAGAACUACAAGUGCUCUGAGUGUUGUAAAGCCUUCCUGUCGCUCAAGACCCUGCAGAGGCACCAGGUAACUCACAGCGCCGAUGCCCCGCACAGAUGCGAGGCCUGCGGGAAAGCCUUCAUCUCCGCCGCGUCCCUGCGCAUCCACGAGCGGACCCACACCGGCGAGAAGCCCUACUCGUGUGGGCAGUGCGGGAAGACCUUCGGCUACCACCAGGGCUACCGGAUCCACCUGCGCACGCACACAGGCGAGAAGCCCUAUUCGUGCAGCCUGUGUGGGAAAACCUUCUCCUGCCGCAGCUCCCUGCGCAACCACGAGCUGGGCCACACAGGUGAGAAGCCGCACCGAUGCCGGGAGUGCGGCAAGUCCUUCCUCACGAGCUCCAUCCUGCGGGUACACAUGAUCACGCACACGCGAGCCGGGCCCUACCGCUGCGGGCCCUGCGGCAAAGCCUUCAUCUCGGCCAGCGCCUGCCAGCUCCACGAGCGCUGCCAUCUGGAGGAGAGGCCGUACGUGUGCGGGCACUGCGGGAAGGCCUUCAAAUACAGCCACUCGCUGCAGAGACACGUACAGAGUCACGGUCGUGCCCGGGCGCUGCAGUGCCAGCGCUGUGGCCAGAUCUUCCGAAGGGCGCAGAACCUGGAGCUGCACCAGAGGACGCACACCCAGGAGCAGCCGUUCCAGUGCGGGCAGUGCGGCAAGACGCUCAGCACCCAGCGGGGCUUCCAGCUUCACGUGCGCAACCACGGGGGCGAUGCCAAGGCCUUCAGGUGCCCGACGUGCGGUAAAGCCUACCGCUGCCAACGCACGCUGCAGGCCCACGAGAAGACGCACACGGAGCCCAAGCGCCACCGCUGCGCCCACUGCGGCAAGGCUUUCCGGGACUGGCGCUACCUGCGGACCCACGAGCGCAUCCACACCGGGGAGAAGCCCUACACCUGCGGGGAGUGUGGCCAGUCCUUCACCUGGUACGAGAGCCUGCAGAGCCACGCUCGGGUGCACGGAGGAGGCCAGAGCCCUUACGAGUGCUCGCAGUGUGGAAAAACCUUCCUGUCGCGCCCUGGCUUCCUGGCACACGAGCGCAACCACACAGGCCAGAAGCCCUUCACGUGCAUGCAGUGCGGCAAGACCUUCAGCUGCCCCAGCUACCUGCGGCGCCACCGCAAGAAGCACACGGGCGAGAAGCCGUAUGUGUGCGGGGAGUGUGGCAAGGCGUUCCGGGAGAAGAAGUCCUUGCGCGUCCACUGCCGGACGCACACGGGCGAGCGGCCCUACCGCUGCCAGGAGUGUGGGAAAAGCUUCAUCUCGCUCAGCAACAGCCGCUUGCACGCCCGCGUACACACGGGCGAGAAGCCGCACACCUGCCCCGAAUGUGGCAAAGCCUUCAGCCACCCUAGCUCCUUCCGGAGGCAUGUCCGCUCCCACCGGGCACGAGGAAAGGCUGUGAGGUCUUAAGAUCUGACACCCUGGGGAGACCAACCCCCUUUCUUCCCGCUAGCUGCAGCCUCCCAAAUCCCCCAAAGUAAGUGGCUGGGGAAGGGGGAGGGAGAAAGCUUGGCAUUAUCUAACAUGGGGUUGGCGGAUUGUGAUAUCUCUCUCUAUUUUUUUGUUGUUGUUUGGGGGGCCAUACCUGGUGGCUCUCAUGGGUUACUCCUGGUUUUGUGCUCAGGAUUCACUCCUGCUGUUGCUCCCAGGACCCUCUAGGAUGGUGGGGAUCGAAUCCAGGUUAGCCACGUGCAUGGCAAAUGCCCU